GAAUCUCGUGCAAAUCAUGAACUUAGGAUACGCCAUAGUCAUAGGAAGCAUACUAAUCAUGAUAUGGAUUUCGCUGGCCGAAAGCAGGGAACCAGAUUCGGUUAAUUACCCGCCUUGCUAUUUCAAUCAUCUCUGCAGUUGUUCCAAAUCCGUAUCGGACUUGGGAAUCGUAAGGUGUCGGGACGUCCAUCUGCCUAGAAUACCGGACUCUGUGAAUACUUCCAAGGUUUUCGUUCUUCAUUUGGAGAACAACGAAAUGAGAAUGUUGGAACCGUAUUUUUUGCAGAGCACAGGUCUUUACAAAAUUAUAAUAAGCGAAAAUCCUUUAUCGGUAAUAAGUGACGAGGCGUUCAUCGGUUUAGAAAGAUCCUUGUGGGAGUUGGAAUUAAGUUACUGCGAUCUCACGAUAGUUCCCAAUAGAGCUAUUAGAUAUUUGCAAAAAUUGAGAUUGCUGGAUUUAACUGGUAAUGACAUAAUUAGAAUAUCGCCUGAAGAUUGGAGAGGAAUCGAACGCUCCUUAGAAGUCCUAAUUCUAGCAAACAACCAAAUAAGCCACUUACCCGUCGAUGCCUGCUCGGGUUUACCCAAUUUGGAAACCAUAGAUCUGAGCGGUAAUAACCUGAGGGAAAUAGACCCGUCCGUCUUCAGGGACGGAAUGGGCAAAUUAGCGCAUUUAAUUUUCGCCGAUAACCAGCUGAGCACCAUUCCCUAUCAAGCACUGCAGCCGCUGAGGGUGUUGAAAACACUCGAUUUGAGCUAUAACAGGAUCAACAAAAUGGAACCGGGCGCUAACAUAAAUGUCAAUUACCAGCUGAAUUUGGAUACGUUUAAAUUGGAGUUCAAUCGAUUAACUGUCCUUGAACCCGUGGCUUUUCAGUACUUUAACGUUUUGAACAAAACUUACUUAGACGGCAAUCCAAUAACAACCAUGGAGGAAAAUGCAUUCAGACAGGCGCGUAUAAGAGAAUUGUACAUAAGAAGUUGCGGUUUAUCCGAAGUGAAUCCUGCUGCUUUCGACGGUUUGGAAAGUUCCCUGGAAAUUCUAGAUCUUUCCGGCAACAACAUAUCUCUUCUACCAGAAACUGUAUUUCACAGAUUCCAAGUUCUACGAACUUUAUCUUUGAACGAUAACGCUAUGCAAAAGAUAAAAGCCAUGGAGGAUUUUACAGGAUUUCAGUUCACCCUGUAUAAGAUGGACCUGAGUGGAAAUGGGGAUUUGGUGGUUUCCCUGCAAGAGUUAAGAAGGUUAAGAAAUUUAAGAACGUUAACUAUAUCAAAACUUCAAAAACAAACAUUAUCACCGGAAAAUUUCGAAGAAUAUGGAGUAGAUUUAGAAGAAUUAAACAUCAAUUACGGUAACUUGCAAACAAUCAAAAACAACGCAUUCAAGCACGUCCACGGCUUGAAAAUUCUCGAUUUGUCCGAGAAUUCCAUCAGUACCAUCGAAAACAACGCCUUCGCGGACAUCGAUCACUCUUUGACGCACUUGAUAUUAUCUCACGCUCUAUCGUCAUCCGUCGCCAAUUUUCCAUCGGAAGCCAUAAAAGUUCUAACGAAUCUCGAAGUACUGGAUCUGAGUAACAAUAAAAUCAAAACCAUGCCAGAGACCGCGUUUCAUUUCUUGUACGAAUUGAAGAGGCUCCUAUUACAGGACAACAUGAUCGAUGUUAUCCACAAGGGAACCUUUCAAGGUGACAUUCAUAAAAACCUAAAGGAAAUCCACCUAUCAUUCAACAACAUCAAACUCAUCGGCCUCCAUACGUUCGUUUAUCUCCCGAAAUUGGAGCAGCUCCACCUGGACGACAACAGGAUAGAAUCGCUGGAUAGGCGCGCCUUCAUGAACCUGGUGAACAUCAAGAGGCUCAACUUGAAAGGCAACAAAAUCACCAGCAUGUCCUACGAGACCUUCCAGAACCUACCGGAGCUGGAGGACUUGGACAUAUCGUACAAUCGACUGAAUUCGUUCGAUUUCACAGCGUUCGAUCAAGUGGGGACCCUUUCGAUAUUCAGAGUCAAUGCCAGUCACAAUCAAAUUAGGGAUCUUUUCGUUAAUCUACCACCGAAUUUCGAAAGUGGAGCAGUAUGUUCGUUUUGCGCAGGAUUGGGAAGCGUCCAUUCCAACAUAAAAAUAUUAGAUUUGUCUUUCAAUAACAUCUCGUCGAUAUCCAAGCAAUUUUUCAAACCGGUCGAGUUAUCGAUGACGCAUCUUUAUCUGUCGCAUAACAAUAUUUUGAACGCCAGCAGGGACGUUUUCGGGAGCUUGAGGAAUCUCCAGUGGCUCGAUAUAUCGCACAAUGGGAUGUACGAGAUGGAUUUCGAUGUUUUCAGGAACACAAAAAAAUUGCAGGUGCUGAUAGCCUCCCAUAAUCUCCUGGCGGACGUUUCGAACGACAUCUUCAGGUUUUUAGACAAACUUAGGAUCGUCGAUUUGUCCCACAAUCGCCUCAGGGUACUGCCGGAUAAUCUCUUCAGAGAAGAAGGGUUGGACCGAUUGGAUCUGUCCCAUAACAUGCUUAGUAAAUUACCAUUGACAGCAAUGUCUGUUGCUACAGCGAUGUCCGUUUGCGAGCUCGAUUUCUCUUGGAAUAGCAUCUCUUCGUUGGCGCACGGUGGAUUAUUAACCAGAUUUCGCAAACUCAAUUUUCUGGAUUUGUCUUACAACAGAUUGGCCCAAAUCGAUACCGGUACUUUCAAAGGUUUACCGAGAUUGUCUUAUUUGGAUUUGAGUCAUAACAGUCAGCUAACUCUAGAACACAAUGGUCUCAGUUUUCUAGGCUUGGAAUACAAUUUGCUCCAUCUUAAAUUGGAUAACGUUUCUUUAUCGAUGGUACCGAUAUUACCUACACCAAAUUUAAUCAGCCUGUCGCUUGCUCAUAAUUCUUUGCCCACUGUACCACCUGAGAUGGCUACGAAUUUAACCAGAUUGCAACGGUUAAAUUUGGAUAACAACGACCUUACUGCAAUUCCUAUUGUAACCCAUCAGUUGGCUGAGUUGCGAUAUUUUUCGAUAGCAGGAAAUCCGAUCACGUUCCUGAGCAACACCAGCUUACUUGGAGUGGCCGAUCGAUUGGUCGAAUUAGAUAUCAGGAAUUUCGAUCUCAACACUUUAGAGAGCGGCGUGUUUUGUAAAAUGCAUUCUCUGAGAACGCUUAAGUUGAAUCGUUUUCCACAAAUAAAGAACUUCAAUCUUCCUACUAUUCUGGAGAGGACUUCUGGACUCAGAAACCUGGAAAUUCACGUUGAAACGGCUACCGAUGAUAAUUUAGAGAAAGAAAUGAAUGGAGAAUUUCCUUACAAAUUAGGAAACAUCACAUUCACCGGCAAAGGUUUAAAAAAAUUAGGAGGAAACAUUUUAAGCGGCAUAAGAAGUCCUACUUUUCAUUUAGGAAUCCACAACACCAGCAUCUUGAAAGUGGCUUCAAACAUCUUCGAAAGACUUGAUGGCGUAAAAAAUAUCAGCGUGGACGUGAGAAACAACGAUGCUUUACAGAGUUUAUUGAAUCCAUCGCGAGGAUCCAGGCCCAAUUUAUACGAGAAGCCCUUUUUGGUCGAUUUGAAAAUCACAGGGAACAAAUGGACGUGCGACUGCGACUUAGGAUGGAUUGAAGUGUGGAUGAGAAAACGCCGUCAGUAUUUAUGCAAAGACAUUCCCAGCGUUUCAGAUUAUACUUGUCGUCACACCGAAGACGAUCUAAGAACGGCCCUUUGCAAUAAUAAAAACAAUCAUACAGUUGUGGAAGUCCUGAAAACUGAUAUAGAAUGCGGCUGGAGCAAAUCGCAUCGAUUAGAACGGAGUUCGUUGAUUGUUCUGGUAAUUGCUGUAAUUUCUAUUAAAUUCUUGUAA